ACUUUGCCGUUGGAAGGCUUCUUUCUAAGAGCAUUGUUGUUAAUGGUUGGAUAUUCGGUAUUCAGCUGAAGCUGGGACAGCUCUUGCGCUGAUGCAUCUACUGAUUGCGAAGGCAUGUUGAGAAGAAUGGCUAAGAAGUACCUCGAUCUGACAACCUUAAUAUGACAAAGAAAAAUAUGUAGCACGUGACCAAUCGAGUGUCUUGCUUGGCCCUUUUUUUUUGUGACUCACUGUGGAUACAAAAUCCAUGUAAAAGCAUGUCGUCCACAAAGUCAUUGUAUGAGAUUUUGGAGGUACAUCCAGCGGCGAGCCCCGCUACUAUCAAGCAGCAUUUCCAAAAGCUGAUUUUACUGCACCACCCGGACAAGCAAACAGCUGCAACGGCAAAUGACGAAGCAUAUAUACACCAAUUGCUAAAGGCAUGGGAAGUCUUGAAAGAUCCAGAGCUGCGAAAGUCUUAUGACGCUCAAUUGAAAGCACAACAAUUGAAACAGGGAGCUGUCAUCCAUGGCGAGGUGGAUUUGGACGAGAUGGACUAUGAUGAAGAGACAGGCACCUUCAGCUUGCCAUGCCGAUGUUCAGGGUCCUACACCAUCAAGGAGCAGGAUAUGGAGACUGGCGUAGACAUUGCCAAUUGUGAUAAUUGUUCGCUGAUCAUACAUGUUCUAUACGAUGUUGUCGACGAUGACGACUAGUUUCAUUCAGCAUACGUCGCGCGUACCUGCUGCUCCCUCCGUGAUGUCCUCUCAACUGAGCAAGAAGUAUGAUCUCCAUAGCCUCUCGGAUACACUAAUAUAAUAACCUCUAUGAGAGGCGGUCUAAUUACAACUA